AGCCCCUGGGAUUGAUCUGAGGAAUUGAUCCAGUCUAAAAGAACCACCAAUGCAGGAAUCCUUUCUUUAGUUUCCUCCAUAAAUUAUCACCUACUCUUCUUGGACACUUUCAGGGAUGGAAAAGACUUAAAAUUUUUACUUUGCCAAUCUUUUUGUGUGCUAAUUCUGUCAUCUAGCAUAUUAGCUGACAUCCCAGCUUUGUGUCAUCUGCAAAAUUGGUUAAACACUUUAAGAUGAGAAAAAUUGAUCUGUGUUUGAGCUCUGAGGGGACUGAAGUGAUUUUAGCUACAUCAAGUGAUGAAAAACACCCACCUGAAAAUAUUAUUGAUGGGAAUCCAGAAACAUUUUGGACCACAACAGGAAUGUUUCCCCAAGAGUUCAUUAUUUGUUUUCACAAACAUGUAAGGAUUGAAAGGCUUGUAAUCCAAAGUUACUUUGUGAGGACCUUGAGGAUUGAAAAGAGCACAUCUAAAGAGCCAAUUGAUUUUGAGCCAUGGAUUGAAAGAGAUCUAGUCCACACAGAGGGGCAGCUUCAAAAUGAAGAAAUUAUGACCCGAGAUGGCCACGCCACUUAUUUGAGAUUCAUUAUUAUAUCAGCCUUUGAUCAUUUUGCAUCUGUGCAUAGUGUUUCUGCAGAGGGACUAGCAGUCUCAAAUCUUUCUUAGUAAUUAUAACAAAAUACUCUUGCAUGGUUUUUUAACAAUGUAUUUAUUGAAACAUGAAGUUGUCAUUGAUGUGCCUUAUUAAAGGGAUUUGUAUUAAUCUG